UGGAAACAGCACCAUCUCCCCAAAGACCCCCAAGCUCUGAGCAGGCUGAUACACCCUGAGUGAUGAAAACCAUGCCACUGAUGGCUUCUCUCCAAUUUUUGGAGUGUUCUAUGGGAAGAUGAGCUCUGGCAAUGGGACCUCUCCCACCCCACCUCUCCAUGGGCUUCUGGAGCCAGUGCCACCCAGUGCCACCUCCCCUGAGGGGACAGACUGGCUGCCCAUCAUCGUUGGGCUCGUCUGCAUCUUCCUGGUGCUGGCCACCCUCCUGACCUUUGUCACCCUCUGUCACCCUCCGGUGCUGGGCCCGUCCCUCUGGGGCCCCCAGGAGUGGCUGCCCCAGCACCCCAUGGAUGCCAGCCAGCCCCAGCUGAGGCUCUGGAAGCCUCUGGGCUCCCUGAGGGGCUCCAUCAGCAGCUUCAGGAGGAGCCAGAUGGUGUCUCAGAGCCCCCUGGCCUGUCCCAGGAGCUUCUCCAGCAGCCAGGACUGGGACAUCAUGGAGUCCACCAAAAUGUGAUCUUGCCCUGCUCCUCCUUCCCAAGCUUUUGGCUCCUUUCUCAAGCACCCCUUGGUAUCCUGAGUAGAGACCCUUUGAGCAGCUCACUUCCAGGCUCUGUGACAGGAGAUUUUGCAAUGUCAGGUUCCCAAAUGCUUUCCAGGUUACUGCUUCCUGCCAGGGAAGGUGGAGGCAUCCAAACUACACCCACACGGCUACCACCGGGCAGUCCAAAACCAAAAAUCCUGCUGCUUCAUUUCUUUUGGAAAACAUUGUGCAAGUUGUGCUGCACCUGAACAAACAGCCUGGAAGAGACUGGGAGCAACCUGGCUGCCUGAAGAGAGGCAAACCUGCUCCACAGACAGCAAUCCUCAGUGGAGUUAUCCUCGGGAGCAGGUGGAGGGAGGCUCUGCCCCCAUGUGCUGCCUGGUCCCUGUCACCCCCCUCCAUCCUGAAUGGGCUCUGGGUUGCUGUGGUCAAUUCAUUCCCAUUCCUGCUCUCUGGCCCUGCUCUGCCUGGUUUUGGGAG